AUGGGUUCUAGCUGCGAGCAAGGGAGGGGAGACAGUGAAGACAACGACAUCAUAUGGGAACACCCAUCCGUCAAAACAAUCCGAUGUCGUGGCUCACCCUAUGAGAUCGGUCGCACUCAUGGACGAUGCGCCAGGCAGGAGAUUCUCAAAAAUAUCGCAACCUAUACAUCCUUCUUCCAGGAGACCGCCGGCCUCACCUGGGAGCAAGCUCGUCAAAAAGCCAGUGAGACCUUUAUCCCGGUGUUGGGUCGUGAAUAUGAAGAGAUUUUGGAUGAGAUGAAAGGGAUUGCUGAUGGGUGUGGAAAUGGAUUGUCGAUGGAGGACAUAUUGACACUGAACACGAGGAGCGAGAUAGCUUUGACGUGCUAUACCGACGGCUGUACCUCUCUUACACAAUCCGCACUAUUCACCAGUGCCACACCGUCAGAUGGUGACGGUAUUCGACACCACGCAAUGUAUUUGUGUCAAAACUGGGACUGGCUAGCAGAAUUGGGGCAAGGAAUCGUCCUUCUCGACAUUGAACCACAACCUAGUCACCGUUUCGACGAAAGCAAGAACUUUCACAUGAAACUUUUGUCGGAGGCUGGUAUCGUAGGGAAAAUUGGUGCCAACAGCGCCGGGUUCGGUCUCUGCCUCAACGCGAUUCGAUCAGGGGCUUUCAAUCGUGAGGGAUUCCCUGUGCAUAUUCUUAUACGAUGGAUGCUGCAGCACUGCUCCACAGUGAAGGAAGCAAAGGAUACGAUGGAUCGAUUUGGUACUGCGAGUACGGCAAAUUAUCUGUUGGCAGACAGAUCGGGCGACUUUAUGGACGUCGAGGCUUCGCCGCGUGGCAAUACCACCAUACUACCAAAACUUCCUGCUGAAGACGAAGGACGACAGAUGGCAUACGUGGUCCAUACCAACCAUCUCUACGGGAGCAAUCGACCGCCGAAAUUGGUGGACCACCCGGCCCAAAACUCAUUCCAUCGAUUAGCACGGAUCCAGACCCUGACCGAAAAGGACUGCAAAGAAGGGAUUCUACCUUCUUUCGAAUCAAUUCGCAACAGACUGUCGGAUCAGGAGGGUUACCCGUAUUCCAUCUGUCGUGACAGACCGGCUGGGGCCGUGGGAAUGGAGAGAAUGACAACCUUGGCCACGAUCAUGAUGGAAAUGGUCAGCGGGACAAUACAAGUCAUCAUUGGACGGCCAUGCUUGGAUAACUUGCCUGUGGUGAAGUGGACUUUCAGCGACAGUAAAGACAAUUAG